CAUCUGAACCACCUACAACACCUGAACCAACUACAACAACACCUGAACCAACUACAACAACACCUACACCUGCAUCAACUACAACAACACCUACGCCAACUACAACACAUACAUCAACUACAACAACAACUACAACAACACCUACACCAACUACAACAACACCUACACCAACAUCAACAACACCUACAUCAACUACAACACCUACACCAACUACAACAACACCUACACCUACAUCAACUACAACACCUACACCAACACCAACUACAACAACACCUACACCAACUACAACACCUGAAACAACUACAAAACCUGAACCAGCUACAACACCUGAACCAGCUACGACAACAACUGAACCAGCUACAACAACACCUGAACCAGCUACAACAACACCUGCAUCAACUACAACAACACCUACAACAACUGAACCAGCUACAACACCUGAACCAUCUACAACAACACCUGAACCAGCUACAACAACACCUGAACCAGCUACAACAACUGAACCAGCUACAACAACACCUAAACCAUCUACAACACCUGAACCACCUACAACACCUGAAACAACUACAACAACACCUACACCUGCAUCAACUACAACAACACCAACGCCAACUACAACACAUACAUCAACUACAACAACAACUACAACAACACCUACACCAACUACAACAACACCUACACCAACAUCAACAACACCUACAUCAACUACAACACCUACACCAACUACAACAACACCUACACCUACAUCAACUACAACAACACCUACACCAACACCAACUACAACAACACCUACACCAACUACAACACCUGAAACAACUACAAAACCUGAACCAGCUACAACACCUGAACCAGCUACGACAACAACUGAACCAGCUACAACAACACCUGAACCAGCUACAACAACACCUGCAUCAACUACAACAACACCUACAACAACUGAACCAGCUACAACACCUGAACCAUCUACAACAACACCUGAACCAGCUACAACAACACCUGAACCAGCUACAACAACUGAACCAGCUACAACAACACCUAAACCAUCUACAACACCUGAACCACCUACAACAACACCUGAAACAACUACAACAACACCUACACCUGCAUCAACUACAACAACACCAACGUCAACUACAACAUAUACAUCAACUACAACAACACCUACACCAACUACAACAACACCUACACCAACAUCAACAACACCUACAUCAACUACAACAACACCUACACCAACUACAACAACACCUACACCAACACCAACUACAACAACACCUACACCAACUACAACACCUGAAACAACUACAACACCUGAACCAGCUACAACACCUGAACCAGCUACGACAACAACUGAAACAGCUACAACAACACCUGAACCAGCUACAACACCUGAACCAGCUACAACAACACCUGACCCAGCUACAACAACACCUGAACCAACAACAUCUGCAUCAACUACAACAUCAACACCUGCACCAACUACGACAACAUCUGAACCAACUACAACAUCAACACCUGAACCAAAUACAUCAACACCUGCAUCAACUACAACACCUGCACCAACUACAACACCUGCACCAACUACAACAACACCUGCACCAACAACAUCUGCAUCAACUACAACAUCAACUCCUGAACCAUUUACAACAACACCUGCACCAACUACAACAACACCUGCAGCAACUACAACAGCAACACCUGCACCAACUACGACAACAUCUGAACCAACUACAACAUCAACACCUGAACCAACUACAUCAACACCUGCAUCAACUACAACAACACCUGCACCAACUACAACACCUGCACCAACUACAACAACACCUGCACCAACAACAUUUGCAUCAACUACAACAUCAACUCCUGCACCAACUACAACAUCAACACCUGAACCAUUUACAACAACACCUGCACCAACAACAUCUGCAUCAACUACAACAUCAACACCUGAAACAACAACAUAUGUACCAGCUACAACAACACCUGAACCAGCUACAUCAACACCUGAAACAAAUACAACAACACCUGCACCAACUACAACACCUGCACCAACUACGACAACAUCUGAACCAACUACAACAUCAACACCUGCAUCAACUACAACACCUGCACCAACAACAUCGGCAUCAACUACAACAUCAACACCUGAACCAACUACAACAACACCUGCACCAACUACAACAACACCUGCACCAACUACAACAGCAACACCUCCACCAACUACAACACCUGCACCAACAACAUCUGCAUCAACUACAACAACACCUGCACCAACUACAACAACACCUGCACCAACUACAACAGCAACACCUCCACCAACUACAACACCUGCACCAACAACAUCUGCAUCAACUACAACAUCACCUGAACCAACUACAACAACACCUGCACCAACUACUACAACACCUGCACCAACAACAUCUUCAUCAACUACAACAUCAACAACUGCACCAACUACAUCAACACCUAAACCAACUACAACAACACCUGAACCAACUACUACAUCUGAAGCAACUACAAAAUCAACACCUGCACCAACGACAACAACACCUGCAUCAACUACAACACCUGCACCAACUACGACAACAUCUGAACCAACUACAACAUUAACACCUGCACCAACGACAACAACACCUGCAUCAACUACAACAUCUGCACCAACUACAACACCUGCACCAACUACAACAGCAACACCUGCACCAACUACAACAACACCUGCACCAACAAC